AGAUCCCCGCUGACGGCGCAGACGCGAUGCAGCUCAACAUCGCCGGAGAAGGCGGGGCGGCCCAGAGGACGCCGGCAAGUCGCCUGCGUAUCCGUCGUAUGACCGUAUUCAGUGCUGAGACCGCUGCAACCAGGUAGGCACGCCCAUGGAACGCCCCCACGCAGACCGGCCCAUCACCGUCGACGUCUCGACCACAUUCCAGCCCAAUGUCCUCGUCGAUAACGUCCCGCCCGACCUUAUCCUCAUCUCCUCCGACCAGGUCUACUUCUACGUCCACCGCCACCGCCUCCUCGCCGCCUCCUGCAACACCUUCAACGGCCUCCUCACACCCACGCCCCCGCCCGACGACGGCUCCACCCAGACCAUGCCCGUACCCGAGCCCUCCGACGUCCUCAAUGUCGUCGUGCACGCUAUCUACCACAUUCCCGUCGCUCAGUUCAUGCCCCCCUUCGAGACUGUCUCCGCUGCGUUCGACGCGCUCGUCGGGUACGGCGCGUCCCUCCAGCAGCUCGCCGCACCGGGCAGCCCGCUCUACAUCCUCGUGCUCUCCCAGGCGCCCCUCCGCCCCAUCGACGCCUAUGCGCUCGCCGCGCACUAUGACCUCAUCGCGCUCGCGACGCCCAUCUCCGCGCACCUCCUCGCGUACACGCUCUCCUCCGUAACGGACGAGCUCGCCGCGCGCAUCGGCCCCAUCUACCUCAAGCGAUUGUUCUUUCUCCACCACGGCAGGACGGAGGCGCUCAAGGCCCUGCUGCUCCGCCCACCCCAGGGACACGAGCCGAUGAGGGACUGCGAUGUGAUCCAGCAGCAACGUCUCACCCGCGCAUGGGCACUCGCCUCUGCGCACCUGGUCUGGGAUGCCCGACCGAACAUAUCGAUUAACAUGCUGCAGGCGCCGCUGCUGCAGCUCGAGCGGGAGCUGUCCUGCGCACUAUGCAAACAGGCACUGCGCGACAGAGUAUCGGUACUUGUUAGGGAAUGGGCAUCUAUCAAAGUGACCAUCUAGCAGCAGACGAACAGGAAAUAUGGCUAAUAACUGCUUCGGGACCACCACACAUGCAUUAUCUUCUCUUCCAUGCUUAUUUGAUUUAUCUCGCGCCCAUCUGUAGCCCAAAGACCACCAUGUAACUGACGACCCCAGCAUUUCCGGCUCACCGUUCCCUUGUCUUUU